AUGGGAGAUACCAACUUUACUAAGGAAGAAGAUAACAAAAUCAGUGUUUCCUCUGAGAAACAAAUAGAAGACAGUGAUUGUCUUUCAGCUAUGGUACUUACCACUAACCUUGUUUAUCCGGCUGUGUUGAAUGCUGCUAUUGAUCUCAAUUUAUUUGAGAUUAUAGCUAAGGCAACACCACCCGGUGCUUUUAUCUCACCUUCACAAAUUGCUUCUCAAUUGCCAUCCUCAAACCAACACUCCGACUUGCCUAACAGGCUCGACCGAAUGAUGCGUUUGCUUGCUAGUUAUUCCCUUCUCACUUCUUCUACUCGAACUUCCGAGGAUGGCAUCACCGAGAGAGUUUAUGGACUCUCUUCGGUCGGAAGAUACCUUGUCCCGGAUGAAACUAGAGGCUACUUGGCUUCAUUCACUACAUUUCUAUGUUAUCCAGCAUUGCUACAAGUUUGGAUGAAUUUUAAGGAAGCAGUGGUUGAUGAAGACAUAGAUUUGUUCAAGAAAGUGCACGGAGUGACAAAGUACGAAUACAUGGGAGAAGAUAAGAAAAUGAACAAAGUAUUUAACAAGUCAAUGGUGGAUGUUUGUGCAACAGAGAUGAAAAGAAUGCUUGAAAUAUAUACUGGAUUUGAUGGAAUAUCCACAUUGGUUGAUGUUGGAGGUGGAAGUGGACAGAAUCUCAAAAUGAUAAUAUCCAAAUAUCCAUCCAUUAAGGGAAUUAAUUUUGAUCUGCCACAGGUAAUUGAAAAUGCACCACCAAUUCCAGGGAUACAACAUGUUGGAGGAAACAUGUUUGAAAGUGUUCCACAAGGGGAUGCCAUGAUUCUAAAGGCUGUAUGUCAUAAUUGGUCAGAUGAAAAAUGCAUACAAUUUUUAAGCAAAUGUCACAAAGCAUUGUCACCAAAUGGAAAAGUGAUUCUUGUGGAAUUCAUAUUGCCAGAAGAACCAACAUCCACAGAAGAAUCAAAACUUGUUUCAACUCUUGACAAUCUCAUGUUUAUCACUGUUGGUGGAAGAGAAAGAACUGAGAAACAGUAUGAAAAUUUGGGAAAACUCUCUGGAUUUUCAAAAUUCCGAGUUGCUUGCCGUGCUUUCUCAUGCUUAGGAGUCAUUGAAUUUUACAAAUAA